AUGGCUGCCGAAGUGCGACAACCGAUCGAUGUAGCCUCGCUAGAGCGCUACAUUGCCGACAAUGUCCCUGAGAUUGUGGUACCCGUUGACGUCAAGCAGUUUGGGUAUGGACAGUCGAACCCGACAUAUCAGUUGACGGAUAAAACUGGCAAGAAAUAUGUCAUGAGGAAGAAGCCUCCGGGCCAACUUCUGUCCAAGACUGCACACAAGGUCGACCGUGAAUACCGCAUCAUCCAUGCGCUGGAGAAGACCGACGUCCCAGUGCCCAGAGCACUCUCCCUAUGUCAAGACGAGAGGGUCAUUGGCAGCGACUUCUAUAUCAUGGAGUUUCUCGACGGCCGCAUCUUCGAGGACCCUGUCAUCCCAGACGUAACACCCGAAGAGCGCACCAAGAUGUGGCACUCCGCCAUAACCACACUCGCCAAGUUCCACCGCAUCAAACCGGCCGACGUAAACCUCUCCUCGUACGGCAAACCCUCUGGUUUCUACAACCGCCAAAUCGCCACCUUCAACACAAUCUCGCAGUCACAAGCCUCAGCCAAAGACGCCGACACAGGCGAACCCGUCGGCAAAAUCCCCCACCAAGACGACAUGGUCGCCUUCUUCCAAGACGCACGAACCCAACCCAAAGACCGCGCCACUUUUGUCCACGGAGACUACAAAAUCGACAACAUUGUCUUCCACAAGACCGAGCCCAGAGUCAUCGGCAUCCUCGACUGGGAAAUGAGCACAAUCGGUCACCCACUCUCCGACCUCAACAACCUCCUCGCUCCCUACGUCACGGCGGAGUCGCCAAAGGCCCAGGCCGUCGGCAGAGCUCACGCCGGCUUCAGGCCGGGCGCUACACCGGGCCUGCCCACCGAGGACCAGCUCGUGCACUGGUAUUCCGAGGUGGCGGGCUGGGACCCUCGUCCAGAUUUCACAUGGGGUCAUGCGUUUACGACGUACCGCACUGCCAUCAUCAUGCAGGGUAUUGCGGCGCGGUAUGCGCUGCGGCAGGCAAGUAGUGCCAAGGCGCAGGAGUAUGGGCAGAUGAUGAAGCCGUUUGCUGAGAUUGCUUGGGAUUUGGUGCAAGAGUACAAGAGGGAUCAUGGAAAGGCGAAACUUUAG